AUGGAUCAGAAAAAUAGAACUUCUUUCACUGGAUUUAUCCUAUUGGGUUUCUCUGACAGACCUCAGUUGGAGCUAGUCCUCUUUGUGGUUCUUUUGAUUUUCUACAUCUUCACUUUACUGGGGAACACAGCCAUUAUUGUAUUGUCCCAACUGGACCCACACCUUCACACCCCUAUGUAUUUUUUCCUCUCUAACCUCAGUUUUUUGGACCUGUGUUACACUACCAGUAUUGUUCCUCAGCUCCUGGUAAACCUCAGGGGCGUAGACAAAUCUAUCUCCUAUGGUGGUUGUGUAGUUCAGUUGUACAUAUCUCUGGGCUUGGGGUCUACAGAAUGCAUUCUCCUAGGAGCUAUGGCAUUUGACCGCUAUGCAGCUGUUAGCAGGACCCUCCAUUACACAGUAAUCAUGCACCCUCGUCUUUGUGUGCUGAUGGCUUCUGUAUCAUGGCUCAUUGGUUUUGCCAACUCCUUAUUGCAGACACUGCUCAUCUUCUUUUUACCACUUUGUGGAAGAAAUAAAUUAGACCACUUCUUUUGUGAGGUCCCUCCAUUGCUCAAGCUUGCCUGUGUGGACACUGCUAUGAAUGAAUCUGAGAUCUUCUUUGUCAGUGUCAUCAUUCUUUUUGCUCCUGUUGCAUUAAUCUUGUUCUCUUAUGGUCGAAUUGUCAGGGUAGUCUUGAGAAUAAAGUCAGUAGCAGGACAGAGAAAAGCAUUUGGGACAUGUGGCUCCCACCUCACAGUGGUCUCCCUUUUCUAUGGCACAGCCAUCUAUGCUUAUCUUCAGCCCAGCAGCAACUCUCAGAACCAGGACAAGUUCAUCUCUCUCUUCUACACCAUCGUGACACCCAUGAUCAACCCCCUCAUAUAUACACUGAGGAAUAAGGAUGUGAAGGGAGCACUUAAGAAGAUGCUCUGGAAGGACUAUGACUUCAGAUGA